CCGUUAGUGGUGGCGAGGGCGGCGGGUGCGGGGCCGCCAUGGAGGGCGGCGGGAAUUCCAAGGGCACCGGGCUCGGCGGCCUCUUCGGCGCCGGCGGGCUCGGCUACUCGCACGCCGACCUGGCCGGGGUGCCGCUAACUGGGAUGAGCCCUUUGUCUCCGUAUUUAAACUUGGACCCCAAGUACCUAGUCCAGGAUACAGAUGAGUUUAUCUUGCCCACAGGAGCCAACAAAACUCGAGGCAGAUUUGAGCUGGCCUUUUUUACCAUUGGAGGAUGUUGUAUGACAGGGGCAGCGUUUGGUGCACUGAAUGGUUUGAGACUUGGCUUGAAGGAGACACAGAAUAUGGCAUGGUCAAAACCUAGAAACGUACAAAUUCUAAAUAUGGUGACAAGGCAAGGAGCAUUAUGGGCUAACACUCUGGGAUCACUGGCUCUACUUUACAGUGCAUUUGGAGUCAUCAUUGAAAAAACACGAGGUGCAGAAGAUGACCUGAACACCAUAGCUGCUGGAACCUUGACGGGAAUGCUAUACAAAAGCACUGGUGGAGUGCGCGGGAUAGCACGAGGUGGGAUCGCAGGCCUGACGCUGACCGGCCUCUACGCCCUGUACAACAACUGGGAGCACAUGAAGGGCUCCCUAGCCCGGCAGUCCCUGUGAGCAGGGCAGAGGACACGCUUGCUUAGUCACCAAUCAAAUCAGUUGUGAGAUCUAUCUGGUGCCCCUUGCUAUUUUAUUUACAAUUAGUGUGAAACUGAUGGAAGCUGUGCUGGGAGGAACCUCUUGACACCGUGUAGCUGGACUGGCCCUUCCCGCCAGCCAGUUGCUGGAGAGGCAGCAAUGUUUGUUGGACCUGCAAGUGAACAGAGUGGCCACCGAGACAGUGUCUCCCUGCCAUGCUCCCUAGGCAGCCCUGGCCAGAGCUGCCAGGCACGCUGGGCCCCCAUAGCAGAUCCUGCUCAGUGCCAGGUUGGUUGGGUCCUGUAAGGUCUGUGUCCAUGGAGCACUCCCUGCAGCCCCAGCGCCUUGCCUGGCAGCACAGCCCCAGUAGCCAUGGCACAGGCAGGGCUUGCUAUUCUGACAGCACAAGACAAGCUAGCAAAAGGGACAUCAUCAGAAUAAAAAGGGUGGUACUUACUCAAA